AUGGAGGGAAUUCUCCGCCACGCCUCCAUGAGCGAAGCCAUGUACGGCCCCGCCCCACAUCCUACGCGCCCCACCCCUCACACCUGGCUCGGCAAGCACGUCGGGCCCUCACCGGAGGGAUCUAUGAUCGUCAAACUUCAGCGCUCAUACCUCACCUACCCCAUAUACAGCGACGGCGAGAACUUUGCCCUGUCCUUCGGCAAGCUCCUCAAAUUCCGCGCCAAUACUCGCAUCCUGGCCACUAAAACGCUCCUCGCCCUCGCCGCUAAUGCGUCUUAUGUCCUUGACCAUUCCCAGUCCAUCCUCCCCAACUUUUUCUUUGGCGCGCACCUCCGCACCGAGCAUGACGCCCAGCUCGGUUGGCCCGCAGAAGACUGGGUCUACACCCGCUACGAGACGCAGGCCAAAUUCUAUUUCAAGCAAGUCCUCGCAUCGGGGCUAAAGCGUAUGUACGUCGCCUCCGGCGACCAGGAGGAAGUAGCCAAGUUUGCGUACGAGGCGGCAGAGAAAAACUUCACUGUUUCCACAAAGUUUGAUCUACUUGGCGCUAAGGACGCGGCGCAGCUAGGGGCACUGUCGUGGAAUCAGCAAGGGAUGGUGGAUUUCUUAGUUAUGCUGCGUGCGUCGCAGUUUGUGGGCGUGGGGCACUCGAGUUUUGCAUGGAAUGUGGCGCUGGUUAGACACGUAUUUGCGCAGCAGAGGGAUCAUCUGAAGGGCCCGCAUCUGUUAAAUGAUGAGCUAAGUGAGGUGUAUGGGUAUUCAAAGCAGUACCCAGCGUAUGCGAGUUGUUUGUGGCCGUAG